GCCCCGCGGGCCCGGCGCAGACAAAGGCGCGGCCCCGGCCCCCCGAGCGCCCCGCCCCGGCCCCGCCGCUCCCGCUGGGCGCCCCGACGGGGUCCGGCCCGGGGCGCGGGGGCCGCGGCCGCCGAGGAUGGGGAAAUCCAACAGCAAGUUGAAGCCUGAAGUUGUGGAGGAGCUGACCAGGAAAACCUACUGCCCAGCUGAAUGUUCAUGUGGUCGUCACCCACUCCUUCCAGGAGCCCUGCCUAGUCCCCGCUUUACAGAUGAGGAAACCGAGGCUCAGAGGGGACCGGAGCUGGCCCAGGGCCACACAUCUGUUACAGAGAAGGAAGUCCAGCAGUGGUACAAAGGCUUCAUCAAGGACUGCCCCAGCGGGCAGCUGGACGCAGCAGGCUUCCAGAAGAUCUACAAGCAGUUCUUCCCGUUUGGAGACCCCACCAAGUUUGCCACAUUUGUUUUCAACGUCUUUGAUGAAAACAAGGACGGGCGGAUUGAGUUCUCUGAGUUCAUCCAGGCGCUGUCGGUGACCUCGAGGGGAACCCUGGAUGAGAAGCUGCGGUGGGCCUUCAAGCUCUACGACUUAGAUAACGACGGCUACAUCACCAGGAACGAGAUGCUGGAUAUUGUGGACGCCAUUUACCAGAUGGUGGGGAACACCGUGGAGCUCCCCGAGGAGGAGAACACCCCUGAGAAGAGGGUGGACCGGAUCUUCGCCAUGAUGGACAAGAACGCUGAUGGGAAGCUGACACUGCAGGAGUUCCAGGAGGGAUCCAAGGCAGACCCGUCCAUCGUGCAGGCGCUGUCCCUCUACGACGGGCUGGUAUAGUCCAAGGCCCAGAGCCACGAUGCCUGGGAACCACUCACCUCCUCCCGUACCAUGAGGCCACCUCCACCCUGACACCACCACCCUCCUGUGUCCACCCAGCCUUUCUCCGCAUCCACGCCCAGCCGGGCUGCCCUGGAACCGUGAGGUCCGGCUCUCCUCCACCUGCCCCGCACCCACCUGCUGCCUGAAGCCACCGGCUCCAAUUGCAAACAACCUCUGCUUGUCCAGAAAGCGACAACACUGAUGGGAAAAGGCUCCAGCCCUCUGCAAAACCAAGGACUCGGCUGCUUCGCAGGCAGCCCCUUGGUCCCUCCUGCUCUCCUGCGUGUGUCCUUUUUUUUUUUUUCUUUUUCAAACAGACAUUGAGGAAAAAAAAAAAAACUACCUUCUGUCCUAGAAGAUUCAGACUGAUGGAUGGGGAGAAGGCCUUGGGGACGUCAGAGAACUCUGCCUCCCGCCUUGACCUUCGCAGCCGGAGAGGCCACGGGUGUCACGGCCUUGGCCGCGGGGGCUCGGGGCGUGGGGGGCCUGUCUGCCUGUCAUGAUUUGGCACCCCAUCCUCGAGCAGCAAAACCACCUGCGUGGCCAAGAUGAUUAAUUACGAUGAUGGUUUUUUGUGAUAACAGUAUUGUGCUUUUUGUGGGGAAAGUGCGGUUGUUUUUAUACAUAUAUAAUUGAUAUCUUUUAUUUAUUGGUUGUUAACUGUUGCUGCUGCCUCGUGUGUCCAACGCUCCCGGGGAUGCGGGGCCCACCGUUUACAUGUGCACGCCCUUGCCCACCUGCCCACGCGCUUGGGAGGAUGGUGGCCUGCAGCGGCCGAGAAGCCAAAAAUCUUUUUUUUUUUUUUUUUUUUUAGAUACUGUGCUCGAUGUUUGGAGAGGGGAAAGGUGAGCUUCUUAACUGGCUAAUGCACUGUUGCCUCCAGCCCGAAUGCCUCCUCCUUGGAUCUCUUUUCUUUGCUUCCGGUUCACACAUCUCUCUGUCCUGUAUCCUCCUCUGGUCCAUAACAUCUUUUCUGAGGACAAACAGGACAUCUUUCGUUUCCUCAGUUCUCGCUUUGGUGUUUGCAGCGGCAUGGAGAAUGGUGGGGCUUGUGCUGAGACCGGGAGCCAGGAAUGGGGGUGUGGACCAAGAACAUAAGGAGAGAAGGAAGAGGGAGUGAGCAGGUGUAAAGGCUGCCUCUCUCUCCUUGGUGGGGUUUGAGAAUAGCCACCCACUCUGCUUUCCUGCCUUCCUGCCUGCCUCGUCCAGUGGACCACAGUAUCCUCCCCUCUUUUAGCUCAAAAGCCGGGAGGUGGGGUGGAGAGAAGGGCCUCAGACAAUCCCAUUCAGGUAGCUUCUGUGGUGGUGGCCCACCUGUGCUAAUAGGAAGCUUCUGGCUCGCCCGCCAUUGAGACAGGGCAGCCCAGAAACUGUCACCAGGAAAGUCAGAUGACCUUGGACCAGAAGACAGGAUCCUGAGGCUGGCCCUUGCUCUGUGACUGUGGGUACCCCCUGCCUUCUCUGGGCCCCAGCUCCCGCCGCUGCAGAGACGGGAGGCCUGGGCUGGGGGAUCUGAAGGGUUUCCUCCGUGCUGAUGCUAAUUCUAAGCUUGGAUUUCCUGUAGUUGGUGAUUCUGUGGUCUGUGACUAAGUUUCCAGACCCCAGCAGACACGGGGACUGUCUGAGUCACUAUUUGUCUCUUGGCACAAGUCUUCAGGGGCACGGCAGCCCCUGGUCGUGGUGUGUGGGUUCAGAUGACACACCCUGUCCCUCCCCGCAGAGCUUCCUGGUCCCUCCUGGACUCUUGAGCUGUCUUCUGGGCCCAGAACUAGUCCUCACCCAGAGAAGGCUUCUGGGGUGAGAAGCAGCCUCCCACACUAUUUAGGGCCAGGCUGGAGUCUAGAAUCCCUGCUGCUUCGUGGCAAAGUCAGCAGCCUGUCACCUCCCGGCUUAUCCUGGCUGCAGGAGGGGAGGAGCUGACCCUCAGCCCCCCGCUUUGAAUUGCCCUUGGCAUCCACUUUGCACUUUCCCAGGAGGCCAGAACUUCUCCUGCUCAUUAACCCUCAGCCAGCAGACCCUCCGCCAGAGAGCAGCUCUGCCAGCAUGGGCCCAGUGUGUCCGCUCCUGCAGGCUGGACCGCUCUCUGGCCUGCCCCCGCCUCUCCCUCCUUGCAUCUGCCAGCCCACUGGCUGCCCUUUGCCUCCGCUGGAAGCCCCCCAGAUCCUGCGGGGACAGGAGCAGUAGUUCCAUUUUCACGGGUGACUUUGAAGCUUGGGCUCUUUGAAGCCCGUGUGGUCACCUUCCUGCUCAGGCCACUGGCCUAGGAGGCCCAGUAUUCACCACUAAAUCCUGCAGUUCCUCAGCCUGGCCAUGACCUAGGAUCAUAGGUGGCAGGUGAACUUGGUGGCUUGGGGCUGGAGAUGGGGAGAGCAGGGCCUUUCCCCAGGUCAAAUGACUUCUCUGGCCUCCUCCUGAGCCUCGAUUUACCUCUCUGGUCCAGUGGGCAGGAGCUAUUGUGCAGCCUGUCCUGGAGCAUCACGGGAAAGGGCUUGUGGCUAAGAAUUGUCCAGGGUUAUGCAUGUGGGUCCGGCCAGCUGAGGCCUUGAUUCCCAGAUGUCCAGGGAGGUGUGUGCAAGGCUUUCUUCCCACUUCCUCACCUUUUGGCCUUUUGGUUUGGAGCCACAGGUGUGGCUUUUGGCCUUAGCAGGUGAUACCGUGCCCCCGUGCCCCAGACUUACCUUGGUCCUUGCCCAGAGACAGUCCAGAGCUGCCGGAAGGGCCACCCUUCUUCCUGGCGGGGUGCUGGACACUGGCCAUUUUUGCCCAAGGGACAGUUCUGUCCCCUCCUCUCACCAGGCCUCUAGCUGCAGCACCCUUGGAAGCCUGAGCAACCCGUGGGCCUCUCUUCCCAGCACCAUUUCCCACCCGAGGCCCAGUCCCAUCAGCUGCUGCUCUCUGGGGCUUCCAGACCAGCCAGAAGCCAGGCUCUUAGCCCUCACUCGCCGGCCCAGGAGCAGGGACCAGCCUCGGGCAGCCCAUCUGCAGCAGCCCUGGCCUCUUCCUCUCAGCGUCCGCUCCCCACUGUGUUGAUGGUACUUAGGAGAACGUCAUGAGUUUCUAGCAUUUAACCAGGCAGCGUUUAAUAGGGUACCAUCAAGACGGACGCACGACCUUCUCUUCCCCUGAAACGCUUUUCAUUUUGACAGCCACUUCCUAGAUGACAGAUGCACCUGAGCUUUCGGGGACGCUGUCUCUUCUCUAGGGGGUGGGCAGUGGGGUUCCUGGGCCCCCUGGAAAGAGACAGCCUCUCCCUGGAGAAAGCCCCACUGCUCACCUAGUGGAAAGCUACCCACUUCCCAGUGGUUUCCGCUUCUAAGGGAUUGAGGGGAACACGGGAGCUCCCCCUGGUGGCGAUGAGCAGCAAAGACAUCUGGGGGACCGGACCUGCCAAAUAGGCGAUUUGAGAGGAAGGUUGCAGAUGGGGACGCGAGGAGGGGACAAUGCUCUCACCCAGGCCCUGGGCUUCCAGCCCCACCUUAUUGGCAGCAUGUCUCCCAGACGCCCCUCUUCGAGGUCUACCCCAGGGAUAGCAAGUGAAUCAGCUUAAGGGCACUAUGAUGGCAAGCCUUGCCCCACCGCCCCUUUUUUAAUAUCUGCGGAAUAAACCCAAUGGUUGAUUUUUGAAUGAAUAAAAGGCUUUUGUUGAAUAAACAGCUGGUCCCAUAUUCUGUCUUGGCAUCUAGGCAUUUCAGACUUUGUCUGCUGCCCGUGAUUGGGAGAAAUGCAGAAUCCCUUCCACCUCCACCCCUACCGCCCCCGCCCAGGCUGUACAUUUCUGUUUCCCCUGUGUCUCUGCCGUGACCCAUGGCCCCAGGGAGGGCCACAGGCUCCCAGUAUGGCUCCCAGUCUUGCCCAGCUUUCUCUGGGACCCUGGGCAAGGCACUUCUGCUCACUGGGACUCAGUUUCUCCAUCCGUCAGAUGGGAGUGAGUCUCUGCUCCGCCCAUGACACAGGGCCGCUGUGGGGAGCGGCCUUGAGAGGAAUCAUCAGAGCCCUUGGCCGAGGUGAAAGGCCAGUGGAGGUCUGAAUUGUCAUGGUGACCCCAC